AUGCAUGUUAGCCUUGAUAAAAUUAAUUUCUACUCUCAUCCCCCUGCAAAAAUCUCCUCGCGUGCCUUCCCUGAUUCCUGCUGGAGGUCCUAUAAUGCCUCGGUGGCUCCGCAAACGCUUCCGCAUGUCCUCCCGCCGAGUCCAAAUUCUCAUGGAACAUACUUCAACUCCGCAUCUGGUCCUAGCGCCGGUGUAUCUCGAGAGAUCCAAGUUAAUGUGAGGGAAAAUUUGGAUGCAAGUGCAGGCAGUGAAUUCGAUAUCGAGAUAGAGAGAGCUAUGGCGCUAAGUAGCCAAGCCACGCAUGAGACAGACUUGAAUAUGCACCUCGACUCAGAACUCCGAAAUGAAUGUCAUACCGAUGCGCCUCAAAGUGACUGUGCAUCUUUGAGUACUGAUUAUCUCGAAAAAUACCCCUCAGGAGAACCUCGGGGUGGUUUAAAUACGCAUUUGAUCCGAGCAGAACCGCAAUUGCAUCAUCCAAGCCCACCUGUUACCCCGGCUGAUUUGCUAAGUUGGAAUCAAGACAGCAUUUCAUCGUCAGGGACUUGUGACCAGACUGAUAACAGCCCUGCUCCGCCCGAAGUCAGCUUGAGCUGCCCGCGUGUCUUGCCAUCACCUCCGCCAGAUUUGCCGUCACGACCUAGCAUUGGCACCAUUAUGCAAGACGGAUCCGCAGUAGACGAUGCCAGCUUUGGGCCCGAAAGCCAUGGAGAUCGGGUGAGGGCCCCGGAGGAUAGGGUAACAACAAUACAAAGUGCCGAGGUCGAUGAACCCUCGAUCAGCCAGACUAUUUCGGAUAAGGAUACCAGAGGCAGAUCUACUGAGAGCCAAACCUCUGUCUUCUCACGUCUCGGACUUCAAACUCGCGAAGCUAAACAAUCACUAAGUACGCUGGCAAGCAAGCCUUGCCUUCGUCCGCGACGAGUAGCAAAAUAUCCCCGGCCAGGUGAAUUUCCUUCUGUUUCCGUUAUUAUUCCAGCUCGUCGAAACGAUGAAUUAGUGGCAAGGACCAGGAAGCACCCUCCAACCAGAGCCCGAAGUUGUAGCCACUCAGGCGACAGCGAAACUGACAGCAGCAACCUUGACAAUGAUCUAGAAAAGCAGACGUUGAUGAGUUCAACAGCUUCAGGUGGAUCGAAUCUCAAGGCAAGGGGCCGCCCACGGAGAAGACCAAAGAGGGCACAGGGAAAAUCCUUAUCCCCGAGAAAAGAUAGCGUCGGGAAAAGCACCAGUCAGUCUCAACCGGCCCCAGGGGGUGGUUUGGCUGUCACCUUGGAUAAAUCUCAAGAGAUUUUCGGCCGUGGAGUUCUUCGUAUCCAAGCCCACGGUCCUCGACAUGUCUAUUUCAUGACGUUCCUGCCAGAGAUUUCUCAUAGUCCUUCUACGUCAUCACCGUCUGAGAUACCUCCUGAGCACCCUUCGCGCCCUGAAGAGUUCUUGAAUAGCGCAAUUCCGCGACAGAUAGGACGCAGCAAACGGCAUCAAAGAGAUGUAACUUCAGCUUGUGAGGAUGAAGCCGGAUGUUCAACCAAGCCGCCACGACUGCCACCACACUCAUCAUUUCGUGAAGAUCGCAGCAAAACUCAACAACCCAGAAGGCGCUUUCCAUGGUCCCCUGAAGAGGUCGAUUACCUGCGGCAACUAAGAAGUACCGAGCAACGACCAUGGUCAGAGGUGUUGAGGUUAUUUUCGAGCCAAUACCCGGGAAGAAGCCCCGGCGCAAUCCAAGUCUACUGGAGUACUACCAUCAGAAAUAAUAGAGUGAGACGGUACAUUUAG